AUGGUUUGGUACAGCCUGGCACAUAUCCGCUUGGCUUUUUUCAACCUGGUAUGUAUCCACCUGGUCUGGUACAGCCUGGUGCAUACCCACGUGGUCUGGUACAGCCUGGUGCAUACCCACGUGGUCUGGUACAGCCUGGUGCAUACCCACGUGGUCUGGUACAGCCUGGUGCAUACCCACGUGGUCUGGUACAGCCUGGGUGGCCAGGUAUACCCAAGUGAAGACCAGCGUGACUACCGUGGCCCCAUGUAUCCUGGCCCUCGUGGCCCGGGGUAUCCAGGUGUAGAUCAGUAUGUCCGGCUGGGUUCGGAUCAAAAGCAACCUGAGACUUCUAUUAAGACUACCCCAGGCCAAGAGGGCACCUUUCUGAGGAGUGAAGUCCACAGUGAGAGACAUGAUUCACUGGAUAAAUUGGCUCCUAGCUUCCCCAUAGCAGUAGAAACAUUCCGUCAGAUCGGAGAGCUCAUUGGCCUCUACAUGGAGCUAAAGGAGAACAUGAAAACUCUAGACGAGGAGAAAGCUGGCCAAACUGACUUGGAGAAGCUCCAGUACCUGCUCGCACAGAUGGUCCAAAAGACCAUGCCACCAGACCUGCCGGAACAGCUAAAGACCUUAAAGACGUUGGCCAAAGAUGUUCGGCAGGAAAAAGUAAAACUGGACAGGAUGCAGAGGAUCCUGGAAGAUGAAGGGCACCUAGAUGUGGGAAAGGAGAUAAAAGCUAGCCAGCUGAGCUUGCAGCUGGGUAUCCUCAGAGUCACUGUGGCUGACAUUGAAAAGGAGCUGAGUGAGCUAAGGGAGAGCCAGGAGCGGGGCAAGGUCAGCAUGGAACAUUCAGUCUCUGAAGCCUCCAUUUACCUGCAGGAUCAGUUGGACAAGCUCCGGGCGAUCAUCGAGAACAUGCUGGCCUCAUCUUCUACGCUGCUGUCCAUGAGCAUGGCCCCUCAGAAGCCCCCGACAACCUUGUUACCUGGCCAGAUUAGCCCUGAGGCCACCUGCCCAGCCUGCAGCCUGGACCUGAGCCACCAGGUCAGCAUGCUGGUGCAGCGCUAUGAGCAGCUGCAGGACAUGGUCAACAACCUGGUUGCCUCCCGGCCCUCGAAGAAAGCCAAGCUGCAGGGCCAGGAUGAGGAGCUGCUGAGCCACGUCCAGAGUGCCAUCCUGCAGGUGCAGGGCGACUGCGAGAAGCUCAUCAACACCACCAGCAACCUCAUUGAAGACCAUCGGCAGAAAGAGAAGGACAUCGCUGUGCUGUACCAGGGUCUAGAGAAGCUCGAGAAGGAAAAGGCCAACAGGGCCCACCUGGAUAUGGAGAUUGAUGUGAAAGCUGACAAGAGUGCCCUGGCGGCUAAAGUGAGCCGCGUGCAGUUUGAUGCCACCACGGAGCAGCUGAACCACAUGAUGCAGGAGCUGGUGGCCAAGAUGAGUGGGCAGGAGCAGGACUGGCAGAAGAUGCUGGACAGGCUCCUGACAGAGAUGGACAACAAGCUGGACCGCCUGGAGCUGGACCCCGUGAAGCAGUUGCUGGAAGAUCGGUGGAAAUCCUUGCGACAGCAGCUCAAAGAGCGCUCCCCACUCUACCAGGCGGACGAGGCUGCCGCCAUGCGGAGGCAGCUCUUGGCACAUUUCCACUGCCUGUCAUGUGACCGUCCCUUGGAGACAGCUGUGACUGGACAAAUCCUCCCGGUGACUCCUGUGGGCUCGUCGCUGCCAGGGCACCGCUCCACCCGCCCCUAUACCAUCUUUGAACUGGAGCAGGUCCGGCAGCACGGCCGCAACCUCAAGCUGGGUGGCACCACCCUCCCGCGGGCAGAGCUGGCACAGACAGAGCGGAGCGUGGGGCGCCUGCGUACCAUGCACUCCAAGAUGCUGAUGGACAUUGAGAAGGUGCAGAUCCACUUCGGGGGCUCGGUCAAGGCCAGCAGCCAGAUGAUCCGCGAGCUGCUGCAGGCCCGGUGCCUCAGCCACCCCUGCUACAAACGGGUGCCAGAGGUGGCCGACUACACCUACUGGACGGUGCCUCGGCAUUGCGGGGGCAGCCACACCCUCACCUACCCCUACCGUCGCAACCGCCUGCAGCACCUGUCACAGAGCCUGUACCCCAACGAGGAGGUCCAGAUUGCCAUGAAGCAUGAGGAGGUGGACAUCUUGGGCCUGGAUGGACAUAUUUACAAGGGACGGAUGGAUACAAGGCUGCCAGGCAUCCCAAGCAAAGACAGCUCAGCGAUCACCAAGCACAAGGCCAAGCCAUCCCGGCCCCACGUGCACCGGCAGCAGUCCCUCGUCCACAACAGCCAGCUGCCCUCCCGGCCUCAGAGCGCUCACAUGCUGGCUGCCAACGCCUCAGCUCCUUCUCGUCAACAGACAGACAGACCGGUCUCCUCCCAAGGGCAUCUCUCCCAGCCAAGUGUGGCCCACCAGUCCAGCCCCAGAGAGAUGGCAGCAGGGUUGGGGAUGCACAUGGAUGUGCCUCCUGGGGAGGGGCUCGAGGAGCCCACCCGGGGGCCACGGUCCACCAUUACUCAUUGAGCAGAGCAGUGAAUAAACGUUUAGGAGGAAGCUCGGGUAUCUAGGCCUCUGUGGCCCUGGCUCAGGAAGAUGGAGUGUGGGAGGGGCCUCCCGACCACCCCAGGUUUAGGGGCAGACCUUGUCUUGUAGAGCGGGUCUGAUUUAUGGCCUGAGAAUUAGACCAUGUCCCCCAAAC